GGGACAGAGAGGCCUGCAGCAGCAUGAAAAAGAACCAGACGAUGCAGGGGACCUUCAGCAAACUCUUUGGGAAGAAGCAUGCCAACCCUGCCACCACGUCCCUCUACGCCACCAACCCACCCUGGAUUUUCACCCAAGAGGCCCAGGAGGAGGGGACCAGGGACUUUGAUGGCAUCUAUUAUGGAGACAGUAGAUUCGACACUGUGAGCGAAUCCGGAACAGCCACGCUGAAAGCCCGGCCCAGAGUCCGGCCCCUGCUGACCUUCCUUCCCCUGAACGCCCAGGAGAACCACGGGCUGGCUGUGCCCACACCCUCGGUCCCAGAGGACUUCGCAGGCAAAGAAGUAGGAGGUACCAGCUCACUGGUGAACGGCAACCUCCGGCUGUACAGCUCUGUGGGCGACCUGAGGCCUGUACACUAUGACCUCGACUCGUCCAUCCCCCCACCUCCCCCAGGCCCAGCCCCAGGGCCACCCCAGGACACUUCGCAGCCUCCAGGGGAGUCCCCUCCACCACCACCUCCGUCUGUCCCUCCUCCUCCCCCUCCCCUGCUGGCGGAGCCCCCACCCCCACCCAGCACGGCCCCACCCCCACCCCCAGUACUGGACACUUUAUCUCCCUCGGCUGCCCUCUCCCCGCCAUCGACACCUACCCCUCCAGACUUCAUCCCCCCCGCCCCACCCUCAGCUUUCCUGAGCCCCCCUCCGCCUUCUUUGCCAGCCCCAGGACCCCCAACUCCAGUCUCCCCUCAUGCAACUGGAACACGGAUUAUCAAGUGGAAAUCAGAAGUAGCACUCAAUGGCAGGCAGCCAGAAGACCCCAGGACCAGCCCCCCCAAAAGCCCCGCUGAACUGAAGGGGAGCCACCUAGGGCCCAGCCCCGAAUCCCACCUCACCUUCCCCAGGUCAUUCAAGGUGCCUCCCCCAACUCCAGUCAGGACCUCGUCUAUCCCGGUUCAGGAAGCACCAGAAGAGGAGGAAGCCAGCCAGAAGGCCUCGGCACACUUCCCCCUGCCUCCCAGCUUCAACAUCCGCCCUGCAUCUCAAGUUUAUCCAGACAGGGCCCCAGAGCCAGAGCAUCCCAGAGAGCCCAGGCUUGAGACAUCAGGCAGCCCCAGGCUCAGGCAGUCUGAACCCCAGACAAAUGGACAAGCUGGAGUUCCACCUCCAGCCCCUCCCCUGCCCCCAGCUGCUCCCCCACUCCCUCCACCUGCCCCUCCCCUGCCCCCAGCUGCUCCCCCACUCCCUCCACCAGCACCCUCUCUUCCCCCAGCUGCUCCCCCUUUGCCUUCUACUGAGCAGGCAGCCCCCCCAUCUUCUGGACUUAUGAAGACCCCCAAAUCCAGCUCACCUACUCUCCACCCCAAAUCCAACCCCCCCACUCUGGAGGACACAGACUCAUCAGAACCAGUGGACUGGAGAGACCCCCGGCAGAUGGAAAAACUUCGAAGUGAGUUGGCAGCCUAUCUCUGUGGGUCCAGGAGAGAGGAUCGGUCACUCGGCCACAGGCCGGUCCCUCCAGUGGCCUUGAAGGACAAGGAGAGCAAGAAGGGGCCCAGCCUAUCAGAGGAGGCGGCUCCUCCGAGCCUGCCCGAGAAGACACACCCAUGUGGUCCUGUGAAGAGCCCCUCCAGCAGCAGCAGCCUGCCAGAGAGAGAAGCCACCAGCAGCCUGCCCCUACCCCCUGUGGACUACAUCCCCCAGGGUGCCCCAGCCCCCCCUGUGGACUACAUCCCCCAGGGUGCCCCAGCCCCCCCUGUGGACUACAUCCCCCAGGGUGCCCCAGCCCCCCCUGUGGACUACAUCCCCCAGGGUAGCCCAGCCCCCAGUGUCAGGCAGAUCCGGAACGAGCUGGAGGCCCGCUUUGCCUCCUCCGCGGAGAAAGAGGCCAAGCCCGGCAGAGCAUCUCUGCCGCCCAAACCCCGGCUGGAAGGGGGGAGGAUCUUUGAAAACGGCACUGUGAGUGGCAGACUCCAAAAGCCUGUCACCAAGAAUCCACCCCAGCUGGCGGCCACCCCUCUGCCUGCCACGCCACUCCAGUCCAAGAUUCCACCUGGGCCAGCAGCCCCACCCAAGGCCACACCUGGGCCAGCCACACCAUUCAAGCCUGCACCCGGGCAGGCCACACUGCCUAAGACCACACCUGGGCCCGCCUUGCCACUCAAGCCUACGCCUGAGCAGACCACAUCACCCAAGGACCCACCAGGGCAGGCCACAGCACCCAAGGACCCACCAGGGCAGGCCACACCACCCAAGGACCCACCAGGGCAGGCCACACCACCCAAGGACACACCUGAGCUGUCCGUCACAUCAUCUCAGCUGAUUGCCAAGAAGGACCUUGUCCCAGUGAGGCAGAGAGAAAAGCCAGAAUCUCAAGAAAAUGGAGUGGCCACCCAACUGUCCACAAAUGGAGCGCUCUCACCUCCAGCCCUCCCACCAAAGAUGUCCACUGGUGGAGAGGAGGUACCAUUUCUCUACAGAACCCAUCGCAGCCAGAACAGCCACAGCCGAGGGGUUGCUGUGGUAAUUCCCACUCGGGCCAGAGGGGAGGCCACAGGCUCCGGGGGACAAGCGGACGAAAAGGAGCCGGAAAGCCAUCCAGCCAAACCUCUUACCCCAGUCCAGCCUGACGACCAACUCCUCAGACACCCGGUGACCGGGGAGGUGGUGGAGCGGGGCUCCCCAAUGGCCCUGCUCCUCGCAGCCAGACAGAGGGCACAGAAGACCAGGCCUGGAGGGCCUGCCAUGGGACUGGGUCGGUCCUCUCUGCCAGGGAGUCUCCGUGACCAUAGCAACCAAACAGAGACCAGCUCUGACAGCAUCUUUUACAGAGGUAGCCGGCCCAACUCCUUCCUCGUGGUCCCUAAGGUACCCAGCGAGACAGAGGGCUCCCACCUGACCUCAGCACGGCCCGCUGGACCCGGCCAGUGGAAGCCCCAGCAGGGGCGAGACACACAGGGCCCAGAGCCAACCCAUAGGCAUGGGUGGACCAAGGCGGAGUCCCCGACCGCUGUGGCCCGGGAAAGACCCGCUCCCUCAGGCUUGCCCCCGAGCCGCGCCCUCCCCAAAUCCUUCUCUUCUCCGCCCUCUCCUUCCUACAAGAGGGAAGAGGAAGAAGAGGAGUUCAGCUUUGAUAUCAUUCCGCCGCCGCCAGAGUUCAGCAAUGACCCUGAGCCCCCCGCCGCCCCCGGGCUGCAGCAUCAGGGCCGUCGCGGGUCCCCACCCAGGAGCCACUUCUCGGACCUGGGGCAGCCCCUGGACGCGGGCCCCGGGGCCCAUCCGGCUCGCGGCUUCUCGCGCUUUCCCGGCGGCGCCCAGUACCCCGGGCUCGGGGGCCUGGAUCGCUUCUCCGGCAGCGGACGCUCGCUCAUCAAGAAACGCCUGUACGUCGGGGAGCCCCACCGCAACCCCGGGACGCCCCGCGGCGCCACUGGCCGCAGCCUGAGCUCCCCUAACUGCUUCGGGCCGCAGCCCGGAGGCCCCGAGAUGCGACGGGUCAACUCGGCGGGCCGCGGGGCCCCCGGAGGCCUGCACGCGCGGAGGCUGUCGCUGGAGGGCGCCCGAGGCGCCGCCGAGGUCAAGUACAAGGCGCCCGGCGGCGGAGCCGGUGGCGGCGGCGGCAAAGCCGGCGACUAUGGCUUCGUCCCAGCCAAAGGCAGCAGGUCUCCCCACGGCACCACCCACUACGGAAGUCCCAUCAAUACGUUCACCGUGAGGCCAGGGACGCGCCAUCCCAUCUCCUACGCCUACCCUGGAACCCAUCGGAAAGCCACCUCCUGAGCUGUGGGUCACUCGGCUGACUUCUAGGGGUUGGAUUCGGGCAGUUGUUUUGUGGGGGGUGGGAGGUCGCACCAGGUAUUAUAGGUCCCGGCUCACACCACUGAGAGCCUUUGCUCCGGAGGACAGAGACAGACAGGCCGAUGUGUGAGCGGCAGAGGCCUGCGGAAGAUGGACAUCGAAAGGACCGAGGGACAGCUUGGCUAUGUUCUGUUGGCGGAUAGGGGUGGGAGGGAGGAGGAGGAGCUUUCUGGGCUCAUGGCUUGUUUCUGCUAUCUGGUACUGUCCGCUUUAGCAAGGUUCACUGAAACCAGUUUACACGCGGGUUCUAAAAGAAGGGCUGGGCCUCAGGGCUGAAUUGAAACCCAUGGGGGUGACAGUUUGCCUGUCAGAACCUCACAAUGUGAGGCUCUCAUUAACACCUGCCUGCCUCUCCCCCGCAACAGGUAGUAGCUAGCUGGUCUUCUUAGGCACUUGGAAAUGAGAUCAAGACUGCUUGCAUAGCACAGAGCGGUCUCUGCAACAGUGCCUUAUGGACUGGCCAGGGCAAGGCUAGGUUCCUUCUCCUUGGCCUUGGCUCUUACCCGUGAGAAGGCCUUGAGAGAGCUUGGGAUGGGACGUGCUUUUCCAUCCAGGCCCUGGUUCAGUCCUACUCAGGGGGUUGGGCCAAGGAACCACGAGGUCCGGGAAAUGUGCUGCCAACAUGGAGAUGGGUCCUGGAAAGUCAAGGGUAGUGUGCUGAGGCCAGUUCAGAGCAAGGGAGACCAUUUGUCCGCUGCCUGGGCAGUCCAGGCUUCUCUAGUGAAUUGGAAUAUAUAUAUAUAUAUAUAUAUAUAUAUAUAUAUAUAUAUAUAUAUAUGUCCUGGUUUGUGUGUUAUGUCAAAUCCAUCAGGAACAAUAAUUGUUCAGGUGAAGACUGACUGGAUUCCUGGGACCAGGUCAAGGUAGAAGAGAAAGGAAGGGCAGAGGAGUGGCCCAUCGCAUAUGAACAGCGGGCAGACGUGAGGAAGCUCCCCGAGGGAGCGGGAUGUUGGGCCUCUGUGAUCUGUGGUACUAACUGAAGUACUAGGUGGUUGGGACAGGAGAUGAACCACCCAGGUGGCUCAGACAGAUUCUCUGUGUUCAUGAAGCCACGCCCAUCAACAGCUCUGGCCUGUAACUGUUCCCCUAAGCCGAGUUUUAGGAAAGAGUUUGCUAAUUCAACUGCAGCGUCGAGGCUUGAGGAGCGGGGUGUGGCCUCUUAGCUAUGGCUGCUCCGGGGCGGGUGACGAGGGGCUUGGUCUCACUUGGCAUGGCAAAUAAACAUCCAGUUUGGACUGGC